AUGGAGAUCGAUAUGAGCAGAAGAAAUAAGAAGCCUCGUCUCCUCCUGGAGUCUGAGCGCGAGCGUCUUGACGAAUUUAUUGACUCGAUUCACUACUCCGCACGGUACGUAGGAAAUCACGCACGCGACCUGAGCGUUCGAUCCUCUCUCAUUUGCCUUUCAUCUGCUGAUGCGAUCGCGAAUCUCGAUAGAUACUCCGAUGACAAGUUCGAAUACCGUCACGUGCAACUGCCGAAGAACAUGCUCAAGAAGAUUCCCGCGGACUACUUUGACAGCGCCAAGGGAACGUUGAAGUUACUCUGGGAAGAAGAGUGGCGAGCGCUCGGAAUCACACAGAGCCUGGGAUGGGAGCACUAUGAGGUCCAUGAGCCCGAGCCUCAUAUCCUACUGUUCAAGUGA